AAACAAACAAGUUGAAGAAAGGAUUGAAUUGAAGGUGAGAGCCCCCUAAACCAAAAGUGUGUUGUAGUUUUGUUCUCUCUCAAUCCCAUGCUCCAACCAUGAAUUCUUCCACCCAAUGAACCCAUGCUCUUGACCAUCCUCACAGUACAUGAUUACACUCUCCUCUUCUUCCUCCUCAAAAUCAUUCAACUUCACAAUGAACAUGGCCUUAUUAUCUUCUUCUUCUUCUUCAACCCCAACUCAUCUUUCCACUCUCUCUCCUCCUUCUUCCAAACCCCACCACCUUACCCACAAACCUUAUCUUUUUCUUCUUCCUCUCCAAAAACCCAGAAAAACCCACCUCUUAAUUUCUCCUCUUAGAGUCUCAGCUUCUGAUAAUGGAGCUGGGGUUGCAGCCUCUACUGCUACUGUUACUGAGGAGAAGGUUUUAGAAACCCCAUCUGAGGAAAAAGGAACUGAUUCUUCGCCCAAAUUGGAGGAAAAAGAAGAGGAUGUAACACCCAUUAAAACUGCUGAACAAUUGGUGAAGAAAUUUCAGAACCCAAAAUGGGUUAAUGGAAAUUGGGAUUUGAAGCAGUUUCAGAAAAAUGGCACUACUGACUGGGAUGCUGUUAUUGAUGCUGAGGUGAGGAGGAGGAAGUGGCUUCAAACCUACCCGGAAUCUUCCAAUAAUGAUGAACCAGUAGUUUUUGACACUUCUAUCGUCCCUUGGUGGGCAUGGAUCAAGAGAUUCCACCUUCCUGAAGCUGAGCUUCUUAAUGGUCGUGCUGCAAUGAUCGGUUUCUUCAUGGCGUACUUUGUUGAUAGCUUGACUGGUGUAGGUCUUGUUGAUCAAAUGGGUAACUUCUUCUGCAAAACUUUGUUAUUUGUUGCUGUUCUUGGUGUGUUGUUCAUCCGGAAGAACGAAGAUCUAGAUAACUUAAAGAAACUACUAGAAGAGACGACUUUGUAUGACAAGCAAUGGCAAGCAACAUGGCAAGAUGAGAGCAGUACCACUUCCAAGAAAGAUUAGCCUUCUAGUUUAUAGAUUUUUCUUCUGAAUAUGGUUUUGUUUGCAUUUAUAAGGAUAGGCUUCGUCCAAUAUUUUAUCCGUGAAGACUUUUUUAACACGAUUUUUAUGGUAUGGAGCAUUCCAGUGACUUGUAACCUCCAUGUAGAAAUGAGAGCAUGGUUUGUUGGAAUUUA